UUGAAGACUAGGCUCCUUUAGAUAUUAGUGGUGUCUGAUUUUCUAAUUUAAAAUUGAGGAGCAAGAACUUCAGAAAAAGAGGAACCAAGUAAAAUUUGCGUUAAACAUGUUUGCCAAUUUUUUUGUCAAAAAGUUCAUUCUCUUUUAUUUUUUGGCAUUAUAUUAAAAAUGGAAAAAGUUCCUUUGGCACUCAUGGUGCUUCCUCCCCCCCAGGCCAUUCCUAGUUUUUAGAAAAUUAUUUUUUUUGAUACAUCAGAUCCUGUAUGACACUUCAACAAAUAAAAUAGUUUUCCAUGUUAGGGGAGUUCUGUAUUUCAGUUAAUCUCUAUUAGAUGUUCUUUUAAAAAAGUAGCUUUGAGAUAAUGAGCAAAUCAAACUUCACCCAUUUAAAAUGUUAAGUUCUUUGGGGUUUAGUGCAUGGACGGUUUUGUAACCAUCACUAGAAUUUAUCACUCAAAGAUUGCUAUACCCAUUAGCGGUCAUCCUACAUGCUAAUUCCCUCUCUCCCCUCAGGUCUACAACAUUGGUGAAGCAGUCUGGUAGCUUUUUGUAUUGUAGAUAUUGGUUUAAAUAGAGGCAAUAUCAAGGGCCUUCAAAAAGUCAUGGGAAUUUUAUAACAAGGGGGGGGACUAUAUGCCUGGAUUUCAGGUUUUUUAAUCAAAAUAUUUCCAUUUUCCAUGAACUUUUUGCAGUGCCCUUGUAUUUAAAGUCAUACAGAAUUGACUAGUUUAUCUUCCUAUUUCAACUGCUGGUAUUUUUAAUUGGUGUUAACACUUGGAAUUCUUCAAGCAGAGCGGUGAUUAGACAUGACAUUGUUACAGCAAAGAAAGGUUGAGAUGGAUUAUCCUGAAUAGUUAAUAAACUGUUCAGGUAAUUUCUGACAGCUUUAUUAAGGUAUUAAAACAGAUGACCUUUUUGUAUGAAGGGGUGGUAAAAAACAGUACGAAAUGGUAAAAAAAAAAAAUGCUAAGAUCUUCCCACCAUGAAUUAGAUCGAUUUUUCAGAGUUCUUAAAUUUUUCAUGGUGAACUAAUAUUUGAUGUUAGAUCCCUUCUACUUUUUCUCUUGUUCCUAAGUCCCUCUAUGGGAAACACUUCUUAGGUUGGUGCCUUGUUUUUUAGGGGGGAAAUUUUAAGAAAAUGGUGGAGAUCUUCAAAUAUGACAUUUUUCCGAACUGAUAAAGGAAGUUCUUUAUGAGGAUACUUUAUAUUAAUAGUAUUUAAUAGUAUACCUUAUAUUAAUGGUAUUUAACUUUUCAAAGCCUUUGACUUUGGAAGAGAAUUUUUAACAGACGUUGUUUCCUUUUAAGACUUAGAAAUGUUUUCUGUCCUUUAAGGUUCAUUUCAUAAUUUCUAUGUCUUGGUUUUAUGAAAAUCAGUAACAACCAGUGAAUGCUUACUGUGAGGCAGAUCCAGCACUUUGAAGUAAUUCUUACUGUGUUCCAGUUAGGUAUAGGUACUACUGUUUUACAGCUGAGUAGGCUUAGAGGUUGGGUAGUCACUGAAUGGCAAAGUAGAGAUUAUUCAUAUCCAGAGUUUCUUCUGUUUAUAAAGUUCAUACCAGUUAACUUGUGUACAUAAUUAGUUGUAAUGCCAGUUAAAGUUUGUAUUCCCACUUUGGUUGUCUUUUAUCUAGAGUGGCACCUAGGGGUUUUGCAUUAAUAAAGCAGGUGCUGAAGGAUCCAUGUUAGUGGUAUUUAAUUAUGCACUUUUGGAGAAUUCCUACAUAUCUUAUUUUAAGUGCAUGAAUUCCAAGAAAAAGCUUUACACUUUACAGAUGCUAACGUGAUAGUUGGACUGAUUAGAUCAUGUGAUUUUUUAUUUUUUUUGAGCGUUAGUGAAUGCUGUUGAUAUGAAAUAUGAUCCUCAACCCUAAAGGAAUCAAGUGAACAAAUUGUUUUGUUUACAGGGGAGGAGGUGGUGAGGGAAAGGUUUGAAAUAUUCAGGUGAGUAGGAUUCCUACAGCUGCCUAGUGAAAUUUGUAAGGUUCUGGUAAGUUUCUGCAGCUGAAGGACUUCUGCAUUAGCUUCUUUUGAAAAUGUGGAAUUUUGAAAGGAAGAAUGGUUGCCUCUGGGGAAGGGAAAUGGGUGGUUGACUUCUUUCUGGAGGGGAGGGGGACUUCUCACUGUACCUUUUAAAUACUUGAAUGUGAAUGUUACCUUUUUCUUAAAAUUUGUGUUGUAAGUCUAUUUGAUUAAGAAGUUAAAGCAACGAGUAAACUGUCAAUGGAGACAGCAUUGACUUCCAAAUGGGUGAUUUCAAAAACAUGGAUGUUGGAAGGCAUUCAGUUCUGAGUGGCCAUGUAUCUCAAUUCUAAAACCCAAAACUCAUUUGAAAACUGGUUCUUGCAUUUAAGUCAAACGAUAUUGAGAUGGAUUGGGUUAUGAAACAUAAUGGUCCAAAUGACGCUAGUGAUGGGACAGUACGACUUCGUGGACUACCAUUUGGUUGCAGCAAAGAGGAAAUAGUUCAGUUCUUUCAAGGGUUGGAAAUCGUGCCAAAUGGGAUAACAUUGACGAUGGACUACCAGGGGAGAAGCACAGGGGAGGCCUUCGUGCAGUUUGCUUCAAAGGAGAUAGCAGAAAAUGCUCUGGGGAAACACAAGGAAAGAAUAGGGCACAGGUAUAUUGAGAUCUUCAGAAGUAGCAGGAGUGAAAUCAAGGGAUUUUAUGAUCCACCAAGAAGAUUGCUGGGACAGCGACCGGGACCAUAUGAUAGACCAAUAGGAGGAAGAGGGGGUUAUUAUGGAGCUGGGCGUGGAAGUAUGUAUGACAGAAUGCGACGAGGAGGUGAUGGAUAUGAUGGUGGCUAUGGAGGUUUUGAUGACUAUGGUGGCUAUAAUAAUUAUGGCUAUGGAAAUGAUGGCUUUGAUGACAGAAUGAGAGAUGGAAGAGGUAUGGGAGGACAUGGCUAUGGUGGGGCUGGUGAUGCAAGUUCAGGUUUUCAUGGUGGUCAUUUUGUGCAUAUGAGAGGCCUGCCUUUUCGUGCAACUGAAAAUGACAUUGCUAAUUUCUUCUCACCACUAAAUCCAAUACGAGUUCAUAUUGAUAUUGGAGCUGAUGGCAGAGCAACAGGAGAAGCAGAUGUAGAGUUUGUGACACAUGAAGAUGCAGUAGCUGCCAUGUCUAAAGAUAAAAAUAAUAUGCAACAUCGAUACAUUGAACUCUUCUUGAAUUCUACUCCUGGCGGUGGCUCUGGAAUGGGAGGUUCUGGAAUGGGAGGCUACGGCAGAGAUGGAAUGGAUAAUCAAGGAGGAUAUGGAUCUGUUGGAAGAAUGGGAAUGGGGAACAAUUACAGUGGAGGAUAUGGUACUCCUGAUGGAUUGGGUGGUUAUGGCCGUGGUGGUGGAGGCAGUGGAGGUUACUAUGGGCAAGGUGGCAUGAGUGGAGGUGGAUGGCGUGGGAUGUACUGAAAGCAUCACCACCAACACAUACGUACAAGUCCUAACAACAGCAUCUGGUCUACUAGACUUUCUUACAGAUUUCUUUUGUAUUUUAAGAACUUUAUAAUGACUGAAGGAAUGUGUUUUCAAAAUAUUAUUUGGUAAAGCAACAGAUUGUGAUGGGAAAAUCUGUUUUCUGUAGGUUUUAUUUGUUGCAUACUUUGACUUAAAAAUAAAUUUUUAUAUUCAAACCACUGAUGUUGAUACUUUUUAUAUACUAGUUACUCCUAAGGAUGUGCUGCCUUCAUAAGAUUUGGGUUGAUGUAUUUUACUAUUAGCUCUACAAGUAGUAAGUAGUAUUAUUAGUGUAUUACUAGAGGAUAAUGGUUCACCCCUGCAUAAACUGCAAGUCUUAAUAAGCAGACAUCUGGAAUAGAGCUUGAAGAAUAAUUAGUGUAACUUCCUUUAAUUUCUCUUGGACAAUAUUGUAAAUAUAAAGCCUAAAGAUGAGUUUAGGUGGCUUUCAGGAACAUAAGAUCAGCUAACUAUUCUUUCAAAUGUCAUUUAUCAAGCAUAGCUCUGAAAUGUUGAUCCUGAGGUUUCUGAAUAUUCAAAAUUGUGUUACCUGGGGAUGGGAGUGUUGUAAGUUUAAAUUCAUACCCUCCUAGGUGUUAAGAUGAAAAUUCCUUCAGCACUUGACUGAAGUACAGAUGCUUCCAAAAAGUGAUGGUUUGUAAGUUAACUUAAAAUGUCUUAGAAAACUAAGGUUCUUGAGGAUUCCAUGUAAAUACAUAGGUAUUUACCAUGGAAUAUAAUUCUCACAGGUGUAUUUUCGGUUUGCUGCCCAAUAUAGCAUAUAAUUCCUUAAAUAAUUGUGUAAAUGACUACUAAAAAAAUGUAAGAGAAGUCCAUGUCAUAGUGAAAUGAGAAUCCUGCGGUUGGUUUUGCAUCUGAUACCUGCUUGGAAUUUUAGUUUACUAUUAUGUAGCAAGGAAAAGGUGCUUUUUAAUUUUAAUCUCCUUGGUCAAUAUACCUUUUUUCCAAAAUUGGCUAAUGGAUCAAAAUAAAACUGUCAAUGUGAAUAUUCAGUUAUUGAACUUGUUACUUGUUUUUCCUAGAAAUGUUAUUAAUGUAAUAAAUGUCAAUGUGGGAGAUAA